AUGGCGGUUCAAGAUACAGACAAUCCGGCCGCUCCGGCAAUUUCUGCCUUCACAACACUACUGGAAGACCUUCUUUCACAGGCAGAGAAGUCAAAAGAAAGCGCGACUAUCGAACCAGCAUUGCGCAAGUCCGAUUUCGACGACCUCUCGGGACGAAUCACCACAACUGCAGCCGAAGUUGCCAGCCCAGCCGACGAAGGCGCCAAGCCAGCGAAUGACAAGGGCCAGCAGUUCGCCAUAAUAGAAACUGCUGCCCGUAACAUAUUCAGUCAUCUUAUUGCGACAACUACCAUCGAUUCCCCCGAUUAUGUCAAAGUGUGGAAUCUCCUCGACAUUCUUUCCAUUCUUUCAGACGACGGCCAAUGCGAUCCUGCGCUCUUGUUCUGGCUAGCUGAAGAGCUUCUAGAUAGCCAAACUAUUGCCGGAUGUCGUAAGAUCUUUGAUUUCCUCGAAUCGAGGCGAGAACGAAUCACAGCGAACCACUUCAAGCAGAAACAGUUGAUUAUCCUCCGAACAUGCAACGAAUUGCUCCGCCGGUUAUCCCGUGCAGAAGAUACUGCUUUUUGUGGUCGAGUCUUUAUCUUCAUGUUCCAGAGCUUUCCCCUCGGGGACAAGAGCUCCGUGAACCUGCGAGGCGAAUAUCAUGUCGAAAACAUCACGACUUACGAGCAAGGAACUGCUGACGACGAUUCCCGAAUGGCUUUGGAUGGGCCAGACGAGCAACCAAAGGAGCUGUCAGAGUCAAAAACCACACCCAAGUCAACAGAUGCCAAAAAGGAAGACAAGGAGAAGCCUCUCCCGACCGACGAGCUAUACCCAUUGUUCUGGUCUCUUCAAGAAUACUUCAGUCAACCAAAGAAGCUUUUUGAAACAACGAGUCUUUCGUCCUUCAAAGAGAGUCUGGCGGCGACGAUGAAUGUUUUCCAGACAGUUCAUAAUGAUUCCAAGCGGAGCCUCAAGCGGAAACGAGAGACCGGCGAAGAAGACGAGAGUUUUAAUGCUUUCAACCCCAAAUACCUCACUAGCAAAGACUUGUUCGACUUGGAGAUCAGUGACCUAUCAUUCCGACGACAUAUUCUAGUGCAAGCCCUCAUCAUCAUGGAUUUCCUUCUUGCGUUAUCCAAGCUGUCACGAGACAAGCUUGCGGAAACUCUGCCAGCCACGGCCAACAUAAACAAGGCUGUCAUGUAUGGCGAUCAGAUCUUGAGUGAAGAGGAUGCCAAAUGGGCGAGUGAUACGAAGAAGACUAUCGCAGAUUAUCUUCGUCAGGGCCCUGAUGGACCAUACUUUUAUCGAAUGGUAGAAACCGUCCUGGCUAGGGACAAGAACUGGGUUCGCUGGAAGAUCGAAGGCUGUCAACCCAUCAAACGCGAUCCCGUCGCGCCGCCGGUCUUUAUAGAGGCGAAGGGUAAUGUCCAACGCUUGGCCACCAGCAAGCGAUUAAGAGCAGUCCCUAUGGGUUCUGUCUCUUUGGACUUUCUCAGGGAAGAGGAUGCGGAGGCAGCUAUGGGUCGACUCAAGGCCAAGGAGAGGUAUGAGCUUCCAGAGCUUGAUGCAUUCAAACGAAAAAUUGCCGACGACGACUUUGAGAUUGAGAUGCCGACGAACGAUCAAACAAAGGCCGCUGCCGUUUCUGGCAAGGCCAGCAAGAGCUGGAGAGCUCUGCGCAUUGCGGCACGUACAAAGCUCGCCGCGUUUGACAAGAUUGAAGAUCCUAAAAAGAUCGACAUCGUUUUUGAGGAGCUCACCGAGGCCGAUGAUGAAGAGGACGCUGCUGAACCUACAGCCAGUGAUGAGGACAUGCCCACAACCCGAGAACCCAUUAUUGUCUCAGGUAUCACAGGCGUCGGCUAUUCAACAAUCAUCAACAAGUUGAUGGAGGAGAGGAAGGGUGUUUUCGCUACUGUUGUCAGGCACACUACACGAGAACCGCUCGACGGUGAAGUCAACGGCAAAACCUUCCACUUUGUCAAGCAACAAGAGUUCAAUCAGCUCCGUGACGGCGAUCGUCUGAUAGAAUCAGGUACUCGCGAUGGGGUUGAUUACGGAACUAGCUCCAAAGCUAUCGACGCUGUCAUGGAGACGGGCAAAGUCCCCAUCAUCGAGUUGGAUAUCGAGGCUGCGCAGUACGCCAAGGAUAUGGGCUUUGAAGCACGCUAUGUACUCAUCAAGGCCUCAACUCCAGAAGCACUCGAGCAGCGUCUCAAGGCUUUAGAGAAAGAAGACUCUACUGUCCAAGAGAUAUUAAAGAGACUGCCGACAGAGCUCGAACCAGAGAAGGCAGACGAGCUAUUCAACACGACUAUUGUCGACGAUGACGAGCAAGCAGCAGUCAAAAUUCUCGAUGACUAUGUCUACGCGAAGAGUGAGGAUGAGCCUACUGCAGAGCCUGGCUCAGGGGAGGACACGGCUAUGAAGGAAGACGAUGAAGCAAUUGCUGAUACCGAGACCAAGGAGGCUACAAUGACGGAUGCUUAA